CAGGCUGCUGGUCCACCUUUUGACGACAGCGCAGCGCUUUGGGAAUUAAAGUUUUCAAGCUUUCGCUAUUGCUGCGGCUUGUUCAACACCCCCUUCUUUGAUCUUUGAUCUCGGCCAUCCUCGCUGCUCAUUGUUUGUUUUGGACCUCUGGUUUUGUGUAUUUGCAUGAAAUCUGUGACCGUGGACUGGAAUUGGAAUUGAAUUAAUUGAGCGUCUGUGGUUUUAGGUGCUUGUCGUUGUAUAGAUUUCUAGGGCCACCUCCUCUUCGCGCUAUAUUUUUGGACACACGAGCUGAUCCCGCUCCUAUUCUGGACUGUGCCAAAAAUAUCCCAAUUACCACUGUCUGAUUCCAUUCUAUUAACUCCCUCUUUUAUCUCGACUGUCAAUUGAGUUGGCAUCAUUGCACAAAAAUGGCAAAUUUCAAACUUAUCCUCGUCGUCCUCGCGGUUUUGGGGCUCUUCAAUGUCGUGGCUGCGGAAGUGCUCACCGGCUCGGGGACCUAUGACCUUGAAUACAUUGAACACGAGCUGCAGAAAUGCACGGUUGUUAAAGAGCUGGACAAGCUAAAGGAGAGCAGCCAGUCUACCGAGAUUGGCUUCAUUCAAAAGACGUUCGACGCGUUGUUUCCCUUUGGACCCGGUGCGAACGCGCUUCUUGCGACCGCUUAUAUUUCCGGACCGCCAAAUAUUCUUCUAGCUCUGAUCCCGACCAACAUUGAUCCGUCAUCGUUGUCAGUUCUUGUAUCCUUUGCUGUCGGCGGUUUACUCGGUGACGUGUUUUUCCACCUCAUGCCCGAGACCUUCCUCGGUGAAAGUCACGAUCCAGGCCACGUUAGCCUCGUCCUUGUCGAAGAGCACAAAAACACGCUUCUUGGACUGGCGAUCUUCUUUGGUUUCGGAGCUUUCAUCGUUCUCGACAAGACCAUGCGCAUCUUUGGCGGCGAGGGCGGACACGACCACUCGCACUCGCACUCUCACGAGGUGGAGGAGAAGGAGUCUGCCUCGUCAUCCGCUGUCGAGGACGCACCUGUUCGCAACCUUCGCAGCCGAUCGAAAGCUGAAAAGGAGCCGACCGAGUCAAAAGAAGUAGCCAAGAAGCCCCAGGAAGACGAAAUCAGCACGUCUGUCAAACUCUCUGCUUACCUGAACCUGAUUGCCGAUUUCUCCCACAACAUCACCGACGGCCUCGCCAUCGCCGCCUCGUUCUACAUCUCCCACAGCGUGGGCGCGACCACCACCCUCGCCGUCUUUUUCCACGAAAUUCCGCACGAGGUCGGUGAUUUCGCGCUGCUCAUCCAGGGCGGGUUCUCAAAGUCAAAGGCCAUGGGCGCGCAGUUCGUCACCGCCAUCGGCGCGUUUCUGGGAACAUUCAUCGGAAUCCUCAUUCAGUAUCUGUCCUCUGUCGAGGGAGUCGACCACGACGGCCACGGACAUGGCGAAAGUGAGGGCGGAUUAUUUGGAACUUCCUGCAAAACAGGUGACUUGAUCCUCCCUUUCACCGCAGGUGGAUUCCUCUACAUCGCCACCGUCGGCGUCAUCCCCGAAAUCCUCGAGACCGACUCGCGACUAUCAAGGCUCGGAGAGAUCAAGAAGGGAAUCUAUCAGGCUUUCGCGAUGUUAUUGGGCGCCGGCAUGAUGUUUGUGAUUUCUUGGACGGAGUAACAACGCUCGGUCUUUGAGUCCUCUUAUAAUGUAACGAUCUAGAAAUUUAUCUUUCAUGUGUCUAUAUCCUACUUUUUGUAGGUUUGUUCCUUCUUUCUAUUUUUUAAUGAAAUUCUUUUUUUCUUGGUUUAUAAAUAUAUUACAGAUCAUUUUCUCAGUCGCUUCGUAAAUUGUAGAUUUUCUAGAAAAUAUUUUUGCAGGAAAGUUGCGGGCCAGAAAGACAAUUAUAGCAGU